AUGUCGCUGUUCUUCUUCCGGCUGCACGCGGUGCGCGCCCGCCGGCGGGAGAUGAAGCCUAAGAAGCGGUCUUCCGGUCUGAUGGUCGGGUGCGCAGGGACCCUCCCGAUGCGCAGGCCCAACAUCAACUUCAACAACUCCAGUCUCUUCGAGCGACCGCCUCCUAGUCCGUCCGACUCCCUUGAUGAGGUCGCCUUCAGGAUUCCAAGGUAUCUUAUGUAA